UCCCGCCGAGAAAGAGAGAAUGUUCGAGAAGAGUCUAGGAUUGCUCUCGGAAUUAUAUAUACUGAAAUUCGUGCGCGCGUCCCGUCACUCACGUUGCGAAUCGUUGUAGGAUAAAGUACUUCAUUUCUUCUCAUCUUUUUAAUUCAUAUAAUUUAUUAAAGCUUAACAAAAAUGGCCAAAGCACCCGCAGUUGGUAUUGAUCUUGGAACAACUUAUUCCUGUGUAGGAGUUUUCCAACAUGGAAAAGUUGAAAUUAUCGCCAACGAUCAGGGAAAUCGCACCACACCUAGUUAUGUUGCAUUUACUGACACGGAGCGUCUUAUCGGAGAUGCUGCCAAGAAUCAAGUUGCGAUGAAUCCCAAUAACACCAUUUUUGAUGCCAAGCGUCUUAUUGGUCGUCGUUUUGAUGACCCAACUGUCCAGGCUGACAUGAAACAUUGGCCCUUCACUGUGAUCAGCGAUGGUGACAAGCCAAAAAUCGAGGUUCAAUAUAAGGGAGAAAAGAAGACUUUCUUCCCAGAGGAAGUGAGUUCGAUGGUCCUGGUGAAGAUGAAGGAAACUGCCGAGGCCUAUCUUGGCAAGACCGUCACCAACGCUGUGAUCACUGUACCUGCUUAUUUCAACGACUCGCAGCGUCAGGCAACCAAGGAUGCUGGAACCAUCUCCGCCCUGAACGUUCUGCGUAUCAUCAACGAGCCGACCGCAGCCGCCAUUGCCUACGGUCUCGACAAGAAGGCCGUCGGCGAACGCAACGUUCUCAUCUUCGAUCUCGGCGGCGGUACCUUCGACGUUUCCAUCCUCACCAUCGAGGACGGCAUCUUCGAGGUCAAAUCAACGGCCGGCGACACUCAUCUUGGCGGUGAAGAUUUCGACAAUCGAAUGGUCACUCAUUUCGUUCAAGAAUUCAAGCGCAAAUUCAAAAAGGAACUCACCAGCAACAAACGUGCCCUCCGCAGAUUGAGAACAGCCUGCGAAAGAGCGAAGAGAACUCUCUCGUCGUCCACUCAGGCGAGCAUCGAAAUCGAUUCACUCUUUGAGGGCAUCGACUUUUACACUUCCAUCACUCGGGCGCGUUUCGAGGAACUUUGCGCCGAUUUGUUCCGCGGCACUCUUGAACCCGUUGAGAAAUCACUUCGCGACGCCAAAAUGGACAAGUCAUUGAUUCACGACAUCGUUCUCGUCGGUGGAUCCACGCGUAUUCCCAAGAUUCAAAAACUCCUUCAGGACUUCUUCAAUGGCAAGGAACUGAACAAGUCGAUUAAUCCCGAUGAGGCCGUUGCCUAUGGCGCUGCUGUGCAGGCCGCCAUUCUCCACGGCGACAAGUCCGAGGAGGUUCAGGAUCUUCUACUUUUGGACGUUGCUCCACUCUCCCUUGGUAUUGAGACCGCUGGAGGUGUCAUGACAGCUCUCAUCAAGAGAAACACAACCAUUCCCACCAAACAGACGCAGACCUUCACUACCUACUCGGACAAUCAACCCGCUGUAUUGAUUCAGGUCUAUGAGGGAGAACGUGCGAUGACAAAGGACAACAAUCUUCUUGGAAAAUUCGAAUUGAGAGGAAUUCCACCAUCACCGCGUGGCGUGCCACAAAUUGAAGUGACAUUUGACAUUGACGCGAACGGCAUUUUGAAUGUAUCGGCCGUCGACAAAUCGACUGGUAAAGAAAAUAAGAUCACAAUUACCAAUGACAAGGGACGUCUCAGCAAGGAGGACAUUGAAAGAAUGGUGAAUGAGGCCGAGAAAUAUAGAAGCGAAGACGAGAAGCAAAAGGAGACAAUUGCAUCUAAAAAUGGCCUGGAGUCAUAUUGCUUUAAUAUGAAGAGCACCGUCGAAGACGAAAAACUAAAGGACAAAAUAAGCGCGAGCGACAAGCAAGUUGUCCUCGAUAAAUGCAACGACAUUAUUAAAUGGCUUGACGCUAAUCAAUUGGCAGACAAGGAGGAAUUUGAGCACAAGCAAAAGGAACUUGAGGGCGUAUGCAAUCCAAUUGUUACCAAACUCUAUCAAGGAGCCGGUGGAAUGCCCGGCGGUAUGCCAGGAGGUAUGCCCGGCGGUUUCCCAGGCGCACCAGGCGCUGCCCCAGGUGGUGCUGCACCAGGUGCCGGUGGCGCAUCAGGACCCACCAUCGAGGAAGUUGAUUAAACAAAAAGAAAAAUAUUGCAAACAAUUCUCUCAUCACUCUCUCUUACUCCUUGCACUGCCAAAAAUUUUCUCAUGUGGGAGUAAAGAAUAAAAAAUUAUAGAUAAAAUAUCCUGUUGUAACUAAACCUUAAAAACCCCGUUUUUCUUCAGUUUUCUUCAGUUUGUUUUUGAGAUUUUUCACCACCUACAAAAAGUGACAUUUUAAAAGUAAAUUUAAAUUAAAUUUAAAUUUCAAUCUCGUUAGAACUAUAUUUUAUAAUGUGUCCGUCACAUUCUAUAAAAUAUAAUUUUACAGAUGAAGCGGCUAUUAAAAAUUAUAUUUUAUAGAAUUUGACAUUUUAUAAAAUAUUUUUAAUGCUUUUUUUCAACUUUUCAAAAUGUUUACGUUUUUAGUGGUUUGAAUUUUCUCUAUUGUUUUCUUUAAUUUCUUCGUUGCAUUGAUGCAAGGAAAGGGCGAUUAAUAUUUAUUAUUAUUAUUACUACUACUAACGACGAAGAAUAUUAAUGAAAGUUUUUUUUGUUGAAUUCUAUUUUAUUUUUUUUUAUUCUUACAUGAGAAAAACAGUGUCAUUCUCAAACUUGUAUCAAUCAAUAACUUCAGUAAAACAGUAUUUUUAAAUUUAA